AAAAACUAGGGUUAGGACGCUUUUCGAUUCUGUUUACCCCCCAAAAAAGCUUUCGUCAUCGCCGUUUUGGCUUUCUGAAAAACAAUCAUCACCGAUUAUAAUUUGUUUUCUUUCUGAGAUUAUGGAGAUGGAGCGCGUGCAUGAGUUUCCUCAUACUCACAUGGAUCGUCGUCCCAGGAAGAGAGCGCGUCUCGGUUGGGAUGUGUUGCCUUCUGCAACCAAGGCUCAGGUAGGAAUGUUUUGUGGGCAAGAGAUUGGAAAUAUAUCAAGCUUUGCAUCCUCCGGAGCUCCUACAGACAAUAGUAGCUCUUCUAGUUGUGUUAAGGCUGUGGCUCGUAAUGGUUCGCCCCCAUGGCGAGAAGAUGACAAGGAUGGACAUUACCUGUUUGAACUGGGAGAUGACUUAACCCCACGCUAUAAAAUCUAUAGCAAAAUGGGAGAAGGUACCUUUGGUCAAGUGCUAGAAUGUUGGGACAGGGAGAGGAAGGAAAUGGUGGCUGUCAAGAUUGUCCGUGGUGUGAAGAAAUACCGCGAGGCUGCUAUGAUUGAAAUUGAAAUGCUUCAACAGCUUGGUAAACAUGACAAAGGUGGCAAUCGUUGUGUACAAAUUCGGAACUGGUUUGACUAUCGUAACCAUAUCUGUAUUGUAUUUGAGAAGCUUGGAUCAAGUUUAUACGAUUUUCUUCGGAAAAACAAUUAUCGCUCCUUUCCCAUUGAUCUUGUCCGUGAGAUUGGCUGGCAACUCUUGAAAUGUGUAGCAUUUAUGCAUGACUUGCGCAUGAUUCAUACCGACCUUAAACCAGAAAAUAUUCUGUUAGUCUCCUCGGACUAUGUGAAAAUUCCUGAGUACAAGGGCUCCCGAUUACAAAGGGAUCUGUGCUAUAAAAGAGUGCCUAAAUCAAGUGCAAUAAAGGUGAUUGAUUUUGGUAGCACAACUUAUGAGCGUCAGGACCAAACCUACAUUGUAUCUACGAGACAUUAUAGGGCACCAGAAGUGAUUUUAGGUCUUGGCUGGAGUUAUCCAUGUGAUGUUUGGAGUAUUGGAUGUAUUAUAGUGGAACUGUGCACGGGAGAAGCAUUGUUUCAAACACAUGAAAAUCUGGAGCAUCUAGCGAUGAUGGAGCGUGUUCUUGGGUCGUUCCCUCAACAAAUGUUGAAGAAAGUGGAUCGGCACUCAGAGAAAUAUGUGAGAAGAGGUCGUUUGGAUUGGCCUGAUGGGGCCACCUCAAGAGACAGCUUGAAAGCAGUAUUGAAGCUUCCUCGGCUUCAGAAUCUGAUAAUGCAACAUGUAGACCACUCGGCGGGAGAAUUGAUAAAUAUGGUGCAAGGACUUCUUCGAUUUGAUCCCUCAGAGAGACUAACCGCUCGUGAAGCCUUGAGACAUCCUUUUUUCACUAGGAGGAGAUGACAGGCUCUUGAGGAGUGUAAAUAGAGUAAGAUAUGUAUGAUUGUAGUAAAAGCCUUUACAAAAGGUCUUUCCUCCACAACCCCACACGAAUUCUGAUAUCAAUUAAACAAAAAUGCUUAGAUCACUCUUUUUAAAGUGAUAGGCAAUUGUUUGUCUAUCUUGUAAACUUGAUUUUUUUUUUAAAUUGUAAGUUUUAAUUUUCGACCACAAAAUUUAAGUA